AUGACUGCAGCACUUUCUCUGAGAGGAUCUCGUCUAACUGUACAGCGUUUUUACGCUGCAAUUACUGCUGCUUCUGCAGCAACAGUUCGCAGUUCCAGUUUGCAGUUACAGCAUUGCGUAGUUGGCCUUCGAUAUGCAUCCACGGCAAAAGAUAUCUUUGUUCCAUCACAGGAUUCUCUAGCGGGUAUACCAGAUAUCCCGAUAAUAAAUAUGCCUCCGGAAGCAGUAGCUGGUUCGGGCUUUUCCUUUUAUGAAGAGUGGAUUCUGAAAAUUGAUGUAUUAGAUAUGCUCGGUCUAAAGGGUAUAUCGAUUGUGGAUAGUACUGGGCUUUUUUCGUGGUAUUCACCCGCUUCGUGGUAUCGAGUUGGUUUAGAAUUUUUCCACGAUUAUUUCGAUCUAUCCUGGUUUGCUUCUAUCAUAUGUACUACGUUAUGUUUACGGUUAGCAUUUCUGCGGGCAACCUUAUUCUUGCAAAGAUUUGCACCAAAGAAAAUGAUGCACGAUGAGACGUUAAAAAUGUUUAAUGAGAAGAAGAAGGAAGCUCGAGAAGUAAUUCGCAGUGAAGCUCUGUAUCCUCAAACAGAUAUUAUUAUUUUGCGCUCAAUUCAGUUUUGUUUAUUUCCCAAUAUCGCGGAAUUAGUCUUAUGGCAGAAAACAAGUAGUUUUCCUGGUUGGAGCACGGGCGGUGCACUAUGGUUCCUGGAUCUAACAGUAACAGAUCCUAAUUUUCUUGUACCAGCGCUCUCAUCUGUUCUCAUUGGAUGUACACUUUUUCUUGGAUACGAUCCAACCGGUACCGCAUCCACUGGCAAAUACACUAAAUUGUUCAAGUAUCUGGUGGUACCAGCUGGUGUAUUCUUUUUUAGCUCAAGAGUUCCUGUUGCCAUCUCGAUAUACUGGUGUACCUCAAACUUCUUCAAUCUUUUGUUAACAGCAAUUUUACGCAUGCCCAAAAUCCGUUAUGCUCUUGACAUUCCAAUAAAAGUAACGAAACCAAGUUCUGCGGUGUUCCAAAAAGCAUGGAAGCGUGCAUUUGGUUGGAAGAAGGAAACAGAAAAACAGGCUCGGUCACGGCCCGUAAUGUGGGAAAUAAUGCAGAGACAAGAUUUGGAAAGAUUUGCGAAAGCUGGUGGACCGGGUAUUACAAAGUGA